UAAAAAAAAGUUGCAUCGUACCAAAUUAACCCUUAGUGCGUGGUUGGGUAGAAAUCUCUAAAUUUAAAGACAACAAAGAAGAAAGAAAAGAAAAAUUGCCACGUAGGUUUAUCUCAUUUGAAGUCACUAGUGUCAUGUGUGCAAGUAAUUUGUUGAGGAGGCGGCAGUCGCAGCGAUGGUGGUGUUGGGAUCUGUUUCUCCGCAGCGUAUCCUCCUUUCACUUCCAACACAAAUGUCCCAUUCUCCUCUUCCAGCUCUUUCUUCUUCCCCUCAAUAUUUGACAAGGCGUAAAUCUUUGAUAUUUGCUUCUCUGCUUUCCUCUUUAAUAUAUACAUCUCAUCACUCUCCUGCUACUGCUUUCGUAAUCGAUCAGCCUCAACAAGAAGAAGAUACACUUGUUCAACUCUUUCAGGAAACUUCCCCUUCUGUUGUUUUCAUUAAGGACCUUGAGCUGGCUAAAGGCUCCAAUGACUCUACUAAGGUGCUAGCCAACGAUGAGAAUGCAAAAGUGCAAGGGACAGGUUCGGGCUUCAUAUGGGAUAAGUUUGGUCACAUUGUAACCAAUUACCAUGUCAUUGCUAAAUUAGCUACUGAUAGCAGUGGACUGCAGCGUUGUAAGGUUUCUUUGGUGAAUGCUAAAGGAGAAAGCAUAGCUAAGGAAGCGAAGAUCAUAGGUGUUGAUCCAGCAUAUGAUCUGGCUGUUCUCAAGGUUGAUGUUGAAGGUGUUGAAGUAAAACCAGUCUCUGUUGGUACCUCUCGUGGCUUACGUGUAGGUCAAAGUUGUUUUGCCAUUGGAAAUCCCUAUGGAUUUGAAAACACUCUGACAACCGGGGUAGUUAGUGGAUUAGGCAGGGAAAUACCUGCACCAAAUGGAGCUACAAUUAAAGGAGCUAUUCAAACAGAUGCUGCUAUUAAUGCCGAUUUGGACAGGUUGGCGGGAUCAUGUUUUCAUGGGCUAAUUUUGUCACCCGCUGUGCACUAUCAAUUGUUUGAGUGGGAUGUGAGCCAGUCAAAUGGUUGUUUAUCUGGUUUAUACGAGGACACCAACAUGGUUGAAUGCCAGUUUGAUUUAGCGGGGAAUUCAGGUGGCCCGUUGAUUGAUUCAUCUGGUCAUGUAAUUGGUGUAAAUACAGCAACGUUCACCCGCAGAGGCUCGGGUAUGUCCUCAGGGGUUAACUUUGCCAUACCGAUUGACACAGUUGUACGAACCAUACCUUACCUGAUCGUUUAUGGAACAACUUACAAAGACAGAUAUUGAAUAUCUGUUAUCAGAAAGUUACUUCUGCACUUGAUGGUUUUGGAUGACCCCCUCUGAUGCUUAGUGCAGCUCUGGUGUGUUCAUUGGAUGGUAUUGAACUUGACAAAAGAAGGCUUUUUCUUGGAGCUGAAAAAAAACAUGUUUUUAACUGCAACUCUUGUGGCUUAUAGUCCAUAUUUGUUUCUGUUUUUUCACAACAAAGUCCAGAUUGAUUGGAUGCAAGAUGCGAGGUUACACUUACAUUCAUUUCAUUUGUCCUUUGCAAUUUUAUAUGAUCAUUAUUAUGAAGAAAAAAACUGAUGAGAUUAUGGAAGUAAAUAUUCUUGUAUUUAUUACUGAACUAUUUAUUCUA